GCCAGACCCAGGACAUGAAUCAGCUCCUCACAGCUUGUUAAAGCCGGACCUCUUGUUUUCAUGCCCCUCACAUCAGGAAACGGGUGUUACAGCUUUUCCAGCUCAGCUCAGCGGGGGGCCAGGGUCCUAACUUUAUAAACAUCAGAGCCUGAGGGAGCAGUGGGCCCAGGGAUCGCAUGAGACACAGACACAUAGACAGACGGGAUUGAGAGGGAGAGCUACCGAGAGGAGCAAACGCAUUUGGGGGGUCAAGAGGAGCAACAGAAAGGUCAGGGUGAGGAGGAGAGGGCCAGAGAAGGAUGAGUGCAGGAAUGGCCUUAAGGAAGCAAGGGAUUGGGUGGGCCUGGGGGACCCAGAGCACCUGGUGGGGAGUCUGCCUGGCGGUCUUCUGCUUCCUCCAGCUCCAGGGAGUCCACUGCAAGUGCUAUUUCCAAGCUCAAGCCCCCUGCCACCACGAGGGGAAGCGCUUCACCCUGGGAGAGUCUUGGCUCCGCACCGACUGUUUCCAAUGCACCUGUCUGCAUCCCGUCGGCGUGGGCUGCUGCGAUACCUCCCAGCACCUCAUCGACUUUCCAGGCAAUUGUGAGGUGCGGCGGGACCCCGGGACCUGCCGGAUCACCCUGGUACAGAAAAGCGAUCCCCGACUGCCCUGCAGCGGGGGCCCCCCUGACCCUGAGUGGGGCUCUGCCGGCACCUCUGAGCCAGGGAUUCCCUCAGCCCCGCGGGACCCUACUGACCGCCACCUCCGCCCGACUGCCUAGCCUGGCCGCAACCACUGCCGCUGC